AUGAAACGGGCACCUUCAGAAUGCAGUGUUGCCACGUCUUCCACUCAUCCCCGGGAUACAAGAGAUGUUUGCUGUCAAACAGAUCUACAAGAAACCAAGUCUCGAGAAACAAAACUGUCCCUGAAAACAUUUGGACCUCAGUACCGAAGCAAAAGCAUACAGGCUUCAAUAACAUGUCAAAGCGUGGGAGUUGGCAAAACAGCUACAACAGCUUCUCUCCCAUUCACUUCAACAACUGUCAAGUCACAGCCGGCAAAAAGACCUCAUCUUGAAUUGGAGAAGGAUCUUGAAGAUCUUUCAUCUGCAGCCCCAGAUCAACCAGACUCAACGUAUGAUCCUGCCCAGUCCAUUACUGCUCAAUCAGUGUCUCAGCUUUUCACACCUCCAUCGUCAUCUUAUGGGGUUGCCAAGUAUAUGGUGUUUGAAGAGUGCUUCUUAAGCCUAUUUGAAAUCUUCCCUGUAUGCACGAGCGUUUGCAAGGUACACCAACACCGACGAGGGACCUUCAUUUCUUUUUUACAAUGCUGUUCUUAUUGCAAAUUCUACAGGAAGUGGAGGAGUCAACCAGUUAUCGGCAGCAUUCCUGUGAGCAAUCUACAGUCAGCCGCCAUCUACUUCAGUGGAGCUUCCUAUUUGAAGAUGAAAAAGAUGUUUGAAAUACUGAAGCUCAGAACACACACUUAUGACGCAUUCAGACAGCAUGCCAGAACAUACCUUGAACCUGCCAUAAUCCACACAUGGAAUAAGUCAUACUUGGUGACGAUAUGUGCGCAGACUCACUGUGUUAGUUUGAGCAAUAAGGUGGGAGGGAGUUAUCAUAUGGAGAAGGAAGGCUUAAGAAGAAGCCUACACCUUUUGGAGGCAAACGGUCCAAAAGCUUCUGAAGGAUCACAACAUCAACCACUACAGGCAGCCAAUCGGCCCAAGAUGGCCGUUCACGAGCUCCCUAAACUCUCUGCCUGGCUAAAGAUGGCCGUUCCAGAGCUCCCUGAACUCUUUGCCCGGCCGAAGAUGGCCGUUCAUGAGCUCCCUGAACUCUCUGCCUGGCCCAGAGUGGCAGUUCCAAAUGCCCUGAACUCUCGUGUCAUGGUCACUGUAACCGUUGGUGUCCUGCCGGGGCCUCCUGUCCUGCUGGCACCUCCAUGGCCUCUUGCCUUCCACCAACAACACACCCUGACAGAUAGAUCAUUUGACGAAGAAAUAUUUGAGCUGCAUGAGUUCCCCUGUGAUGCUUUGCCAAGAGGGAGUGGGGAGCUGCUGAGACCCUCCAAACAACUCUCAGUUCCCAGAAUUCAGCAGGCCCCUGACACCCACCACCGCUCCUGCUCAUAA